AUGAUGCAGUAUCAUAGCAAUCUUUUCCAAUUUUGCACAGAUGGUCUUGUGGAGUACAGCAUGAGGCAAGGUGAUCAAGUGAACUUAAACAUCACUCUGGAUCCGCCCGACUCACUCUCCAAGUCCGGCCCUCUCGAGGCUAAUGUGGCUAAAGCAUCAGCCUCCCUGUUGGCCUUUCUCGAUGUAACCUACGAUAGUCCAUUGCACAUGGAGACAUUCGGCCCGACCGUUGACUCUUCGGCCAGAGGCGCCAACUUUAGUGGCCCGGCUGGCGCUAGUGUUGGUGCUGGCGAAUUGACUGGCUUCAGCAGCGUCCAUCAGACAGACUUCCAUCCGGGCCAGGCUUUCGCAUCAGCCUCGGACCGACUGACCGGAGGGCUUGGCCAACUGGUUGACAACCGGGCUUACAUGGGCAAUGUGACUAGAGAUGCUCUGUUGCUGGGCGGUCACCAUUUUGUUGGCUGGCAACGUCGAACCCUCGGGCUCGACCAUGAAGUCGACAUUGAUUUUACCUUCGACACGUGCAUGGGCUCGAUGCGUCGCAAGUUGCGCUCUCUUUUUGCUCUUUUCAUGCUCCUGACUGGAGCAAUUAUCGUCGAAUCCAUCUCUUCCAUCCUGCCUCGUCCAGCCAUAAGUCAACUCACCACGUCCGUCCUGCAAGCGUGGGCCACAUGA